AAUUGACUUCUUAGUAAAUUGGAAAUGUAAUUAGCGGCAAAGAGGAAAGCAAACUCUUUUCCGUUGCUUUGCGCUAGAAUACAACGGAACGAACGGCAAGCGGCCCCCGAAUCGAAUCUCUCUUUCGAAAGACGCCAUUUUUCACUCCAUUCAUUCUCCAGAAGAGAAUCUCCAAAAACCCUUGUUAAAUCUCUCUGCUGCAGUGCUGCCUCCUCUUCGUCUCUCUUCGCCCCUUUUCGGUCUCCUUACAAUCUCUGCUCGCAGUGUUUAAUCAAUGGAGUCUAUGGCAAGCUCAGUGUUCGUCUCCAGAUUCCCAGAAACACACCCACCGCUCAGUCCCCCAUCACCUUCUUCCUCCUCCUCUUCUGCCUGCUGUUACUCGUCUUCCAGCAAGAUUCUGCUCAGCAAGGGAAUUAUGGGGUCUCCUAAAUUAGUCGAAGCAGCGCGUUUUCCUCGACUGCGCCUUCAGGGUCUUGCCCGUGAGUUGUCUGGUGGAGCUGGAGAGGAAAACAGUCACUUGGGUGAUGAUGGGUUUGGAUUGGUUUCUGAUGCCACCCUCUCCCUGUCUCAGCUUGGUAGUGAUCGCCUCUCUUGUGUUAUGAAGGAACUCAGAAAGCAAGCUGAGAGCAGUCAGAAGGAUUCAGAGAAAAUAUUGAAGGUGGAGCCACCAUUGACAGUUCUCCAUGGGAGUGGAACCACUGGGGGAACUAGAGCAGGGCUUUUCAGGACUCCAAUUUCUGGUGGCGUACAGAGUGCAACCUCAGCACAUGGCUUACCUCGACCAGCCCUGGCAGUUCGCAACCUGAUGGAACAGGCCAGAUUUGCCCAUCUGUGUACCGUAAUGUCUCGGAUGCACCAUCGGCGUGAAGGUUACCCAUUUGGUUCCUUGGUAGAUUUUGCACCAGAUGCAAUGGGCCAUCCAAUAUUUUCAUUUUCACCCUUGGCCAUACACACGAGGAAUUUGUUAGCAGAUCCAAGAUGCACCCUUGUUGUGCAGAUACCUGGAUGGAGUAGCUUAUCAAAUGCAAGAGUUACAAUUUUCGGAGAUGUGUACCCUCUGGCAGAAGAUGAACAGGAGUGGGCUCAUAAACAGUAUAUUGCUAAACAUCAGCAAGGUCCUUCCCAACAAUGGGGGAAUUUCUACUACUUCAGAAUGCAAAAUAUAAGGGAUAUAUACUUCAUCGGAGGUUUUGGCACUGUUGCAUGGGUUGAUGUCAAGGAAUAUGAGGCCCUUCAGCCAGAUAAGAUUGCGGUCGAUGGAGGAGAGCACAAUCUCAAGGAACUGAACGUGAUAUUCUCGAAGCGGCUUAAAGAGCUUUUAUCAAGUGAGAUGGAGGUAGAUGAUGCUGCCAUCAUAUCGAUAGACAGCAAAGGAAUCGACAUAAGGGUCCGUCAAGGUGCUCAGUUCAACGUCCAGAGGUUGUCAUUUGAAGAAGGCCAUGCAGUCGAAAAUUUGGAAGAGGCCAAGAGUGCAGUGCGGAAAGUAUUAAACAAAGGCAAAGUUCAAAACUUGCAGAAGUAACAACUGUUGAGCUCGCAAAGAGGUCAACCGAAAUAAGGAAGGAGAGAAGGGUGAAACUUUCCCCCCACCAUUGCAGCUUCAUCAACAUGAUGGAUGAUGCAUAAGCUCUUGCAUGCCUUGUUUUUUUUGCUAAUCUUCUGAAGGGACAAAAGGCUCUUUGGCUCUAAUUUGUGUUAGAAGUUUGGGAAUCUAAUGGGACCUUUGCGUUAGAACUGUUAUGCUUUUCUUUUGGACUGCUGACUAGAGGAGGAGGUUUGAGAGGAUGAUCACUUGGCGCUCCUAGUCGCAAUAAGUCACGGCUCUCGAGUAGUUGAUUCACGGAUUGGAAAUUUGGAAUUCUAAAAUCAUGUACGUCGUCGUCGUGUAGUGUUGUCGUGUUACAGAUUGUGUCAUUUACUCAUUUAGCAUAUGUUCUCUGGUUUUUAUAAUAAAAGCCUAAAUCACAUGACAAAUUCCUUGUG